GCCGAGCGUCAGUCUGUAUCCUGACAUGGGGAGAUAAGGUGACUGGGGAGCCAGCGGUGCUUUCCUGGAAUACAAUCUCUGUUUGACACUCUCUGCUUAAGCACUGCCCAUCUGUAUGUUAUUCUGCUGGAGCCUCUGGGGAAAAAGAGGAGCCACAGGCACAGAGAGUGAACGAGGGAGGCAGCAAAAGCUCUUUUCUUCCUUUCUUUUCCUUUUUUUAUUUUUUUUUUCUUCUCUUUUAAAUCAGGAUCUGGUUAGACUGCCUUGAAGUGCCACAUCUGGAAACUGAAUGCUGAAAGAAAGUUAAAAUAACUGAGGCACCACUAAGCCAAGGGGGGCUGAUUGCAGAAGAGGGUAAACAAUUACUGAGACGCUAGAAGACCACUGCUGGAUGUAAGGGGAGGAAAUGGCUUUGAUCUCCGCCUGGCCCCUCGUUUCUCCUAUAUUAUUCUUUUUGAGAUGCUUCUCCUCCAGCACAGCCUCGAGUGAGGGAGGCGUUUUUCAGUUUGACAUUGAAGGUAGCUCAGCGGUCAGCGUGCAAGAAGCCACUGUUAUCAGAGGGCAGCAGCAGGCAGUAGCUACUGGAAGUUGGGUGCCUUUUGCUGAGGGAUGCCAAGAAGGAUUUUACCGUACCAGCUCAGGAAAAUGCUCUCCUUGCAACUGUAACGGUAAUGCAAACAGAUGCCUUGAUGGAUCUGGAAUCUGUGUGGACUGCCAGAGAAACACAACCGGACAGCACUGCGAGCAAUGUCCAGAUGGCUUCAUUGGUGACGUUGUCAGAGGAGUGCCCACGUUCUGCCAACCCUGCCCCUGCCCCCUGCCAGCACUUGCCAACUUUGCAGUCUCCUGUUACAGAAAAAGUGGAAGCGUGCGCUGUGUCUGUAAGGAAAACUAUGCAGGACCCAACUGUGAAAGGUGUGCCCCUGGUUACUAUGGGAACCCUUUGCUAAUUGGAAACACUUGUAAAAAAUGUGACUGCAGUGGCAACUCAGACCCAAACCUGAUUUUUGAAGACUGUGAUGAAGUGACCGGCCAGUGCCGCAACUGCCUGCGCAACACCACUGGGUUCAAGUGCGAACGAUGCGCUCCAGGUUACUACGGGGAUGCCAGAUUCGCUAAAAACUGUACAGAAUGUAACUGUGGAGGGAGAAUGUGUGACAGCCAGACUGGAGAAUGCCUCGCAGACAGUCCUGAAGUUUCUACUGGCACAGACUGCCCAACCAUCAGCUGCGAUAAAUGUAUUUGGGAUUUGACAGAUGACAUCCGAUUAGCAGUUCUGUCUAUCGAUGAAAGCAAAUCAACUUUGCUGAGCAUUUCUACAGGUGUUGCAGCUCAAAAGCACUUGAAUGACCUAAACCUCACUACCACCCAUCUCCAGGCAGUAAUGUCCACAAAAAAGAACCAUACUGUGCUUCGGACCAUCCAAGUUGAUGAUGCUGCAGAUGACAUGAAUGAUCUCCUGAGAGAGGCAGCAACACUUGAUGAACAGGGAAAUGAAGCAUCCCGCAAAGGCCUACUAGUACAGAAGGAAACCAUGGAGACCAACAACCGUGCUACUCAGCUUGUGCAGCAGCUCAGUAAUAUGAGGGACAACAUUCAAGAAAUCAGCAGCAAGAUGAAAUACUACGCAAUUCAACAAGAGUUAAGCCCUGAAGAAAUUGCCCAGAAGCUGAGUGUGGCUGAGGAGAUGCUGAAGGAAAUCAAACACCGUAAGCCUUUCACUAAUCAGAGGCAGCGUGCAGAUGAGGAGGAAAACACAGCAAAGAAGUUGCUACAGCAAGUUGAAGAGUUUCAUGAGAGGUACAAUGACACAAGAUCUCUAGUAUCUGAUGUGCUGGAGCAGCUCAGCGAACAGGAUGUGAAGCUGUCAGACCUGGAGGAGGCAUUAGACCAGGCACUUGACUAUAUUAUACAAACUGAGGAUAUAAAUAAGGAAAACACAGCCAGUCUUCAAAGGCAUGAGAAACAACAUGAGAAAAUAUUAAAGCAAACAGAUGAAGUGAACGGCAUUCUGCUAAGUGCCGCAACUAUUUUGGCAGGACCAGAAAAGGUCAACUCUGAGUUAAGUGAGGUAAUAAAGAAUGUGUCAGGGUUCUACGCAGAAAUAGAUGGAGCGAAAAAGGAAUUGCAAGAAAAACUAGCCAAUCUGUCUCUGUUUGAUGAUGAUUUGGUAGAAAAGGCUAUGCAUCAUGCACACAACCUAAGAAGACUUGCUGAUGAGCUGGACCGGAAUUUGUAUGGUGUUGAUACAAAUGGUUUGGUACAAAGGGCAAUAAACGCUUCAAAUGUGUAUGAAAACAUUGCCAGUUACAUUGAGGAAGCUAACAAAGCUGCCUUGCUGGCACUGAACACAACAAACCGGGUCAAUGACGCUGCAGUUGGAAUUGAUACUCAGAUCAUUUACCAUAAAGGCAAAAGCGAAGAACUUCUCAACCAAGCCAUGGAGCUACAACAUACAGCAGAUUACAGUAAUGAUUUAACCAUUGCAGACACUAGCCGGCAUGUUAACAGCACUCUUGCUAGAAUGAAUGAUCUGCGAAGGCAACUGAUGACAGCCAUCACAAAAAUGCAAUCAGCAGAGCCAGUGGAAGCCAGAGAACGUUUGGAGCAAGCUAAACUGAAGACUGCAGAGGCUGUAAGUGCUACCAUGACAGUGACGCAGGCUACAACCCCCAUCGAUGAGAACGUGAGGUUGUGGUCUCAAAACCUACAAGACUUGCAGCACAAUUCAGCAGCAUACGACAGUGCUGUGCAUUCAGCUGGGGAUGCAGUGAAGAAACUUACAGAAGUCUUCCCUCAGCUCCUGGACAAACUGCGCACAGUAGAACAGAAGGCACCAGCAAACAAUAUUUCUUCCAGCAUUCAGCGGAUCAGAGAGUUAAUUGCUCAAACCAGGAGUGUAGCUAGCAAGGUCCAAGUUUCUAUGAUGUUUGGAGGCCAAUCAGCUGUUGAAGUCAAUCCAAAGAUCAACGUGGAGGAACUGAAAUCUUUCACUUCCAUGAGCUUGUACAUAAAGUUUCAGAAAGACAGCCCACAACUGGCAGCAUCUCCAGACAGAUUUAUUUUGUACCUCGGAAACAAAAAUGCAAAAAAUUACAUCGGUCUUGCAAUUAAAAAUGACAACCUUGUGUACAUUUAUAAUCUGGGGGGCCAAGAUGUGGAGAUACCUCUGGAUGCCAAGCCAGUCAGCACCUGGCCUUCUUACUUCAGCAUCAUCAAAAUUGAGAGGAUUGGAAGACACGGCAAAAUGUUUUUAACUGUGCCCAGUCUUAGCAGCACAGCUGAAGAAAAGUUCAUCAAAAAGGGAGAGGUUCUUGGUCCUGGCUCUCUCCUUAAUUUGGAACCUGAAAAUGCUGUUUUCUAUGUUGGCGGAGUACCUCCUAACUUCAAGCUCCCCCCUAGCUUAAACCUGCCUGGCUUCAUCGGCUGCCUGGAGCUGGCCACCCUGAACGACGGCGUCAUCAGCCUGUACAACUUCAAGCACGUCUAUAACAUCGACACCGCCACAUCGCCACCUUGUGCCAGAAAUAAGUUGGCUUUCACUCAGAGCCGGGCUGUGAGCUAUUUCUUUGAUGGCUCUGGCUAUGCCUUGGCAAGAAACAUCGAGAGAAGGGGAAGAUUCAGCCAGGUGACUCGGUUUGACAUAGAAGUUCGAACUCCUACAGACAACGGAUUGAUCCUGCUGAUGAUUAAUGGGAGUAUGUUCUUCAGUCUAGAGAUGCACAAUGGUUUCUUGUACCUCCGCUAUGACUUUGGCUUCAGCACUGGCCCUGUACUGCUAGAGGACUCCAUGAAGAAGGCUCAGAUUAACGACGCUAAAUUUCAUGAGAUUUCUAUUAUAUAUCACAAUUCUAAGAAGAUGAUCUUGGUAGUAGACAGGCGGCAUAUAAAAAGUGUAGACAAUGAAAGAACAGCAAUGCCAUUCACGGACAUUUACAUUGGAGGAGCACCUGCUGAGAUCUUGCACUCCAGCAUUAGCUCACAUCUGGCAGGAACUAUUGGCUUUAAAGGCUGCAUGAAGGGCUUCCAGUUCCAAAAGAAGGAUUUCAACUUGUUAGAAGAACCAGGAACCCUGGGAAUCAGCUAUGGGUGCCCAGAGGAUUCACUGAUGUCCCGCAAAGCAUAUUUCAAUGGAGAGAGCUUCAUUGCAUCAAGCCACAAAGUGUCCCUCUUUAGUGAAUUUGAAGGAGGCUUUAAUUUCCGGACAUUGCAGCCCAAUGGGCUGCUGUUUUACUAUUCUGAAGGAUCAGAUGUGUUAUCCAUCUCUAUGGACAGAGGUGCUGUGGUUUUAAAUGCAAGUGGAACCAAAAUUCAAACACCAGACAGAAAUUACAAUGAUGGAAAAAACCAUUUCAUCAUUACUUCUGUCACCCCAGAAAGGUAUGAGCUGACUAUUGAUGACAAGAAACAAAGCAAGAAGAACCCAGCAAAAGACAGAGCAGGGAAAAGCCCGGACAGCAUCAGGAAGUUUUAUUUUGGUGGCUCUCCCCUCAGAACACAGCAAGCCAACUUCACUGGCUGCAUAAGCAAUGCUUACUUUACUAGGUUGGAUCGCGAGGUUGAAGUAGAAGAUUUCCAGCAGUACUCUGAGAAAGUUCAGACCUCUUUGUAUGGAUGCCCUGUUGAAUCUCCUCCGCUUGCUCUUCUCCAUAAGAAAGGAAAAAACUCCUCAAAAGCCAAAGGAAACCGUAAUAAAAAGGUGGGAAGAGAUAAAGACAAGAUUUCACAGCCUUCAACUGGCCUCAAAAAACUGUAUGAAGAAGUGAAUAUGCAAAAAGACCCUCAGUGCCACUUGCCCAUGAAUCCCAAGGCAACCAAACAUGCAUAUCAGUUUGGAGGAACAGCAAACAGCCGUCAGGAAUUUCAUCACAUACCAAUGGAUUUCAGUCAAAGAGCUGAGUUCUCUAUCAGUCUGAAAACUCACUCAUCUCAUGGAAUGAUUUUCUACGUCUCGGAUGAAAAGGAGACCAAUUUCAUGGCCCUUUUUGUGGCUCAUGGCCGACUCAUUUUUAUGUUUAAUGCUGGUCACCAGAAGAUAAGGAUUAAGAGCCAAGAGAAAUACAAUGAUGGCCUUUGGCACAACGUGAUAUUUAUUAGAGGCAAAAAUAUUGGUCGCUUGAUAAUUGAUGGUCUCCGAGUACUGGAAGAAUCUUUCGGCGGUAAUGCUAAUACCUGGCAAGCCACUGAACCACUCUAUAUUGGGGGUGUAGCUCCCGGAAAAGCUGUAAAAAAUAUACAGAUUAACUCUGUCUACAGCUUUAGUGGUUGUCUCAGCAAUUUACAGCUCAAUGGAAGAUCAAUUGCUUCAGCUUCGCAGACAUUUAGUGUAACACCUUGCUUUGAAGGGCCAUCAGAAGCAGGAACAUACUUCUCAUCAGAAGGAGGAUAUGUUGUCCUUGAUGAAUCCUUCAGUUUAGGCCUGAAAUUUGAAGUUGUUUUUGAAAUACGUCCCCGAAGCAGCUCAGGAAUUCUACUGCAUGGUCACAGCGUGAAUGGAGAGUACUUGAAUAUGCACAUGAGAAAUGGACAGGUUACUGUGAAACUGAAUAAUGGAAUCAGGGAUUUUUCAACUUCAGUGACACUGAAACAGAGUCUCUGUGACGGCAGAUGGCACCGAAUUGCAGUUAUUAGAGAUGCUAAUGUGGUGCAGCUGGAUGUAGACUCUGAAGUCAACCAUGUGGUAGGGCCACUAAAUCCAAAGGCAAUUGACCACAGGGAGCCCGUGUUUAUCGGAGGUGUACCAGAAUCUCUGUUAACAUCCAGCCUGACUACACGCAACUCCUUCACUGGCUGCAUUCGUAACUUCAUGAUUGAUGAAAAACCAGUGAGUUUUAGUAAAGCAGCUUUGGUUAGCGGUGCUGUAAGCAUCAAUACCUGUCCAGCAGCCUGAUAGUGCACUGCAUCAACACUGUAAAGUUCCUUAGACCACAGAAAGAAAAACAGAACAAAAGAAACGAUGUUCAUUGAGAGAAUAAUGAAAAUAUCAAGGAUCCAUCUACAGAAAGCAGUAUGUUUAAGGGUCACUUCUAAAGUUUAUAUGCACACAAAAAUCACUGAAGAAUAAAGGGCUGUUGCUUUCUGCACUUCUCUUACUAUACCACAAGAGUGAGCUUUACCAUUUCUUAUAGUGUAUGUGUGGCCAGUCUGUUACAUGAAAAUGUGUGAUUAUAAAAGAAAUGAAAAUGAUAUUAAAUAUGUUACUUUCAAGAUAGAUCCUCACCUUAGGUCACCCUUUGUUUCACAGGAAAAGAUCUGCUAAUGCACAUUAAAGAAUAAAACUAGAUAGUAGACUUACAUCAAAAAUAACUGUGUUCAAAGAUUUUUUUUCUUUAAUUUUCCAUUCAACUCAUUUAUACAUUCCCCAAUCAAAAUGGGGGACAGAGAGCAUAAUAAUUAGGUAAGCUUACGGACAAUUAAAACCUAAAAUUUUUAUUCCACUUCUAGACUUCAUGGACAUGUUCUAGCACAAAGUGAAGAGAGGAUGUGUAUCUUUUAAGACAGACACUUUAUAUAACUGAUCAUUUACCUAAGCUAGGUAAUUUUAGACCAAUACUUGCCUUACGUAAGAAGGGAGAGGUGAGACAAAAUUCAAAAUUUCAAGUUUUUUUCUUUUUAAAUGCACUUCCAUACAAACAGCACUAAAUACACAAUCCCAUUGUGAUCUCCUUUGCGCUAAUAUAACAGAAGUAAACACAAAGCACAGAAAGCAGAAUCAUAGUCACAGUUUCAGGCAAAUCCCUUAUCACACAAAAUCAUCACCUCCUUGUGAGAAUGCUGCAGGACUUCAGUUUACUGCAUUAUUCCUCAAAUUAGGAAUAUACUCCUGUGGAAUAUAUGCUGGAAGAUAUGCUGCUGCAGAGGAACUGGGUGUGAAACGUGAAGAUGCAAACAAAAGGCAAAGGGCUGCAAAUCUGAACUAUGUUAAAACCAUAGAAGGCAGAUGGAAGUUAAUACUAGGCUUUAGCUCACAGCAGGCUUGAGCAUCAGACACGAGUCACUUGCAAGAGUCUCUUUAGUGAUAACCUACCAGGUAUCAAAGCCAUUUAGGUUUCUUCUUUAAAUAAUAAACUACUGUUAACAGAAAGAUCCAUGAUUGCUGGGCAAAUUAUUGUUGGAACCAACUCAAAACACGACCAGCUGCAAAGCUGUAAAGUAUGAAAAGCAAAACACCCUACAGAUUAAAAAUUAAUAGGAGCUCAUCUGGAAAACACACAAGUGACAACUGGAUUCCAAAGUUCUUUAAUCUAUUGUCAGCUGGAGGAAUCACCAGAAUAAAAUACAGGUGUAAGCACUAAUCAGUAGCUUCCCUACUACCCUCCCAGUAGGAAAAAAGUUCUGACAGACUGAAGUGGUCUUGGCUUACUCUGGAUAAAGAACUACAAGUUCUGGACACGCUGGCACAGGAACUCCGGCAGCUGGGACCCCAUCACUGCCUCUCUACUUGUCUCUAGAGCCCAGUGUUGGGUGGUAAGUGGACAAGAGAAGACUGAGUGCCUCCUGCAGCCACUGCCUCUCCUUCCAUGAGUCUUGUCAGCUCUGCUCAUGCUUUCAGCCCCAUGCCUGUUGUAACUGCCUUCUCCUAGGAACACCUCCCAUUCUGUUCCCUGCAACUCUCAGGCAAUAUGCUUCCAGGACUGAUUCCCUUCCCAGCCACGUAGGGAGGCCCCCUACUCCUGGGAAUGCUAUAUAUCCCCCUCUUUUUGUCACUCCAUAGCCCACUGUUUAUACUUCAGAAACAAGCAGUAAGACUACCUGCACUCUCUCUGAAUCAAGCACAUCUUGGGUCCCCAAAUCCAGUUGCCUGCAAAUGCCAUCUUUGUCUCAGAUACCAAAAUGACUAUGGCUGCUCAACUCUUUCCCGCUCCCAGCUACUGCCCAGACUCUGAACAGAAAACAUUUAGGGCUUUUGGUUUCUGAUUUUUAUAUUAUUGGGGUUAAGGAGGAAAGUCCUCAGAUCAGUAAGCUCAGUUCCUAGUGGGUACCAGAGGCCAUGCAUGGUGUCAGGGCUGUGCAGCUGGAAGCAGGGGUAAAAAAGUCAGUCUCUGUUCUUCCAGCAGCAGCAAGUUGUUAGAUUGGCUCAAUCAAUCUCAUGACACCACAGCCUGAGCUAAGCUUCCUCAGGCCCUAGUCUCUCGGACCCUAUUGCUGGAGAGAAAAGAACAGCAGAUUUCCUGCUUAGAUAGGUUCCUUACAAGGAUUACUGAAAUUCCUUUCGAGGUUGUCUGCAGCUGCUAAGCAGAGAUAGCCAGGAAUAGCAUAUGUUUGUGCUCCCUAAGAGCAUCACAGUUUAGUGAAUGCUGGUAUUAAGUGGAGCAUUGUAUGUUAACUGGUACACACAUACUCAGAACAUUUUUCCAUCUUACACCUACUUAAAACUAAAGCGUAUUUUCUCAUACCCAUAUCCAAGCUCUAUGAAUAAACAGUAUUUUUCUUAGCCAUAUUUGCUGCAAUAAGAUUUGGUCUUGUUCGGUGGAUUUACAUUUAAGAAUGACUUUUCUGAUUUAUCAGUCCUUUGCAUACUUCAUAUAUGGAAAACUAAAAUACAUUAAAGUAGUAUGUGAAUAAAAAACCACAUUAAAAUUCAUAAAUUGCUACCAUUCAAUUUAAUUCUCUUUACUACAUCACCAGCUAAUCAAACACAGCAGCAUUUGUGGAGGACAUCUUCCUCGGUUUUCCUUUCUAGCCCUUAGAGAUGCAGGUUUUCCCUCUGCAGAGCAGGGUUUCCAAAGAAAAAUACUACAGAACAGAGGAUACUUGCAUAAUGCAAAUUUCCCUGCCCCCAACAUCCACACAGACCUUGACAUUACCAUUCCAUACGCACCAAAUAAAGUCUGCAUGUGAUGCAUUACAUUACACACACCUCCACAUUCAUUUCAAAGCUCCUGUCGUUUAAGGGAAGGCAACUGCCUAAGAAGAAAUCUUCCCAGAACUCAAUUUGCCUUCUGUAUCUAUCUUUAAAAUUAUAGCUCCAAAGCACAAAACCCUUCAUCUACAAAGAUUUAGGGAAAACCUGCAAGUUCUGAGGUACAUUGUCAGAUUGUCCAUUUGCAUUUUCAAUAUGAAUGUAACUACCUCAAUUCUGCAGAAAGCCUACAAAAAAAAAAAAAAAGAAAACAAA